UCCAGCAGUGUUUAUUUAACUCUGGGGAUUUUUCUGUAUGUGCGGGGCCCUUAGACUAGCCCUAAGUGGGCCCAUAAAGGGCCAUCGUAGGCUUACUUGCAGGGUUGCGUUUGAACAUGGUGGAGUGGUGGUUAAUGUGGCCGUAAAGGUGGAUGGCAAACGGCCGAUUGGUGCCAAAGUUCGACGAAUUCCUGAACCUCAUCUGCUGUUGGUCAGCACCAGUGGAGAACCCGACUGCAGAAUUUCAACUGAAACAAUCUGUGAGGAUCUUACAGACCUGGAGGAUUAUUGCCAACCACAUGCACCAGGUGCUCUCCUGAAAGCCGUUUGUGUAUGGAGUGAUCUGGUGUGUUUAUCGUCUCCUCUUUCACUGAAAGAUCAGCUGUUGAAGCGCUGGGGUGGAGGACUGGAGCUGCGCAGCUGGUCUACACUACCACAUGGUUCUGGUCUCGGCACCAGCAGUAUCCUGGCAGGCGCAGCUCUUGCUGCAGUGUACAGAAGUACAGGACGAAGCUACGACACAACGUCUCUCAUUCAUGAUGUUCUUUACCUGGAGCAGAUACUCACCACUGGUAUGAGAUGUUAUGAUGAUGAUGAUGAGAUGCUGAACUCGUGGUGCAGAAAUGUUCACUUUGAAUUUGUUUUGUGUUGUGGUGGAUGGCAGGAUCAGGUUGGUGGUUUGUUUGGAGGAGUGAAGGUCGCUCGAUCAGCAGCUCAGUUACCUCUGAGAGUUGAAGUUGAACAGCUGUCUCUCUCUCAAGACUUCACGUCUGUCCUACAGCAACAUCUCCUGCUGGUUUACACUGGAAAGACGCGUUUAGCACGAAAUCUGCUGCAGGAUGUGGUGCGCAGCUGGUACGCACGAUUACCCUCCAUCGUCCAGAACACAGAGCAGCUGGUGAUCAAUGCAGAAGAGUGUGCUGAAGCCUGCAGACAGGGGUCUCUCUCCAGACUGGGUUUAUGUAUGGACAGAUACUGGCAGCAGAAGAAGCUGAUGGCUCCAGGCUGUGAGCCGGCAGCUGUGAGGAUGAUGAUGAAUAAACUUCAACCUCUGAUCUUAGGACAGAGUCUUGCAGGAGCAGGAGGAGGUGGAUUUCUCUUCUUACUCACACGUGAUCCUCAACAGAAGGAAAGAGUGAGAGACAUUCUCAGUAACAUACAGGGCAUUGGUUCAUUCAGUGUUCAUUCAGUGGAGUUAGAUAUGGAUGGGAUCUCCAUCAUUCAGAAGAGCUCUGAACAUCCUGACUGACAUUCAAAACUCAAAUCUGAUUCACUAACACACACACACACACACACACACACACACACACACACACACACACACACACACACACACACACACACACACACACACACACACACACACACACACACACACACACACACAAAUCUGUGCCUAUGUAAAUAUUAAAUGUUCUUAUUUCAUAUGGAUUGCUUAUAUCAGUUUUAACACUUAUAUAAAUAAACAACAUUUUAACUUGCAUAAUAACAUUUUAAAAAUGUUAAGAAAUGUGAAAGAAAAGGCCAUAAGAUGUUUUUGUAUGUUGUUUUCUCAUAGUGUUUUUGUUUUAAAUCUUUUAAAUUUACUAUGACUAUAGGGGGACCACCCAUCACGCUUUGCAUUGUACUGCACAGAAGCUUUCUCCCUCUGCCCGCACGUUGCAUAUUAGGGGAUAAAUCAUCCCGCAUUUUUAUCAGUGUUUGUUUUUAAUAAACAUCCAUACGUUUUUUUUAAAACUUCUUAAAAAUGUAGCGUUAAUAUCUCCACUAUUUAAAAGCGAUACGUCAAAAGCAGCAAACCCGCUCACACAAAAAGAUGUGUUCGACUUCAUGGGGCACUGCAAGAACCGACAGGGAACAUUAAAGUAACGUAGGACCGCAAGAGCGAGUCAGGCCCUGUCUGAAGACCACAUCAAGGGUUCAAAGGGGCACUGAUGAGCACACUUUGCAGCGUAAAAAUGACAGAUGGGACACCCUACAGACUCGUAGACUAAGCGAGCAUGAAGUGCGCCAUUUGGGACAGGGCUUCAAAAGCUAGUCUUGCAUAGCCAGACCUUCAAUACUGAAGGUGUUUUUCGUUGCUUUUUCUGGACAAAGCCCACCCACGAGCUGUUUGACUGGCAUGUUAAACAACCAAUCACAGUUUGUUCCAUCUAGCGUUACGUUUCGGACUCCAAUGUUUAGCUGAUCAUGAUAGCUGGUCAUUAUUAUCCAUGUGAACAAGACUGAUGCUUUGUUUUCCAGGAACCGAAACUAAUCGCGACACUCGCAUCUCCUGGAAAUCCGGUUUAUUGCAACCAAUCAUAGACCACUUCGACAUUCCCACAGGGUUUCCAGGAAAGUGUACGAUAAACAUCAGACGUUUAGCCAACAAUCUGUGGGCGUGACAUCUGAGGCUGAGACUAGACAAAAGCCGACCUUUUUGUAUGAUUUCUUAAAUCGCUCUAGUGGUUUUUGCAGCGACACUUGAAGCCAAACACAUCCAAAUAUAAAGUUGGAAGCCUGGUUUUAUCCAAUGGUUGAAAGGAAAGCAGAAAACCCUGUUAUUUAGAGAAAAGCAGAAAAUGCUGUUAUUAAGCGGCUGUGCCUGUGACGGCUGUCAAUUUGGCAUGGUCGUCGUGACGUCAUACUCCCUCUCAGUCGUGUAUCUUAUUUUCAUUCUCCCAACUCUGCUCCUUCUUUUCGUUCAACUUGCUGUAUGUUUACAUUCGCAAUGCCACCAACAUGGUCGCCACGUCCCAGAAUGCAACACGGCACCCAAGCCCUAUUAAACUGAAGUCGGUCUCUCUCUCUCUUUAACCCCUGAUAAACACGCACAGACAAAUUUUAUAACUAUGGGCUCAGCUUCCUUGAAAAAUUGUACGACAAUUAAGACAACAACUAUAUCACAAAAAUGCUGCAGUAAAUCUGUAGCUGCUGGUGUGUCCUGGAAGUAGGGUAGCCUAUCAGGUAAAAUGGACCAUUUACUUUAGUGUCUUAUUUCUUGAUCAAUAAUAAGGUUGAUAAAUCAAUGAAAAACAAAUGCACAUUAAAAAAAAUAUUCUUAACCCAUGUCUUGAUGGUCUCUGUGGGAUGGUGAUUUAGCUAAAUUAUUGAAAUUUUUAUUUAUAAAAAACAUUUUUACUAACUGCCCCAAUUUACCUGAAUGUAUUAAGGUUAAAUUAUCUAUUAAUUUUAUUUAAAUUGGGCCACCCAGUUGAGUAUAUUUGUCUUAUUAAAAAUUAUUUAUAUUAUUAAUAUUAUUGCAUUUGUGACAAACACUUUUCACAUUUUACCUUCUAAAUGUGUUUGUGCGAUGUGUGUUUAUGUGUGUCGACAUAAUGAACGACAAUCAAAUUGAUGUUUUAAUGUAAUGUAAAUGCACUGUUACACUGUUACAUUAUAAAAUGUAAUAUAAUUAAUAUGUGUUUUAUAAGAAAUUAUUAUUUGACUUUGCAGUCAGACUGGCCCAUUUUCCUGAAUGUUUCUGUCUCAAAAAAUGUGGGGCAUGUUUUUAAACUUGUAGUGCCUGAACAAGAAUAUUUUAUUAGACCAAUUCAACCCAAAAAUCUUAAAAUCAGUCCUUAUUAAUCAAAACAUCACAGUUUGUUAGUGUUCUCAAACUGGACAUCCCAGGUUUAUCCCAUUUUUAUAAAAAAAUAAAUGUAAUAUAAAUAUGUGUUAUUAAACCUCAGAAUUUUUUGUUGUGGCAUGCCG